CGCACGAGGGCACGAACUCGCGGCUGGAAAAGCGCGUGAAGAAGGAGAAGGAGAUUUCGAACGGCGACCGCCGGCCACAGCAAGAAGACGGUCUCCUCGACACGACUCUUACGAAGCCGCAGGACGCAGUUGCUCGCUGGGCCGGCAGCCUCCCGAAGACACUGCGACACCAUGAACGACGAGAUAGGCCCGAAGCGCGACUACGGAGCUGCGACACCUCCAGGUGGGGCACGGCACUCGGCGGCCGGUCAAAACUCCCCAUAUAGCAAAGGCCCCGAUCCCAUUCAUCCAACCGGUUCCCCGGUGCAAAUGGGCUCGAACGCUUCCCUGGUUCCAGGAAGCGGACGCGCUUCAAGAGGCACUGGCGGUAAGAAGGAAUUUUCGCCAGCACAGUCACCGUCCGGUUUAGUUUCUCCCGCCGGCAGCUCGCUUCCACCUAAAAGUCCCAAGUCGAAUUGUCGUUCACGUUUGUCUAGUGACCUUUCGCAGCGCAAUUCAGCCGCACAGGUUGCCGAAGAGCAUUCGGAACUUCAAGAAGCAAGGGAAGUAGUAGCCGGCAAGGCAUUGAAAUCGACGCCACGUAACGCUUUCGUGUCACGCAAGGGUUCUCCGUCUUCACAACGAGAUGGCUCGCCCAUAGGCUCCCCACCGAAGAUAGGCCGCCCGUCCGCGCAUUUAUCUCCCCCACAUGUCAACGCCUCCCGCACAGCCAAACAGGCCAAUACAAGAAGGAGCGCGUCUCCGCUGGCAAGUGGAAUUCCCAAGAGUUCCGUUCGUUCACAACGGAUGUCUUCUCCCGGAAUUUCCGAAGUAAACGCUACAUUGCCGGCACCCACGAAUGUUGCGGUUAAAAACGCUCAGGCGCUUCCCAAGAACCCUCAGUGCAACAGAAGCGACCACUCGAAAUUUCCAUCGGGUACGGACGGCGCCGUUAACGGGAAGGAUUCACUUGCGUCCGAAUCAAUUGCCCUUUCAGAGAAGAAAGUAUCCACAGCUGCACAGCGUUCUUUGUCCCGGAAGCAGGGUGCGACUUCACCCAAGGAAAAUUCCACAUCAGUCAAGCGCACCCCGCAGAGUGAUGUUCGUUCUACGGGUCCUCUUCCGCAAGAACGCCGCGUCGCAGCGAAAGGCUUCUCGACACCGCCGAAGCAAUCUCCGAACCCUGGGCACACUCCAUCGGGCUACGGGGGUCCAGGCAUCACGAGUGGCGCAGAACGGCCGGGAGAAUCGCCGUCGUCAAUGAGCUCCAGGAAUUCUCGGGGUUCACCGGAUGACUAUCCCCGUUUUGCUUCCGGAGGGUCCUCGGCGAUCCCUGGGUUGAUUCCUGCCGGCGAAGCUGCUCCUCGGCUGCCUACACAAUGGAGAGGAAGACCCCGACCGCAAGGGCUUGGACGUGUUGUAACAUCUGAACAACGGAUGAAAGCUUCCCAGCGCCCCCCGCUGCUUGGUCGUGGAUCGUCCGCUUCUCCGAGGCAGGCGUUUUCGAGUCCUUGCGCUAGCGCCCUUUCUGUGCCCACAUGGUCUUCGCCCGGUGUCUACUCGGCCAGAGACGCCUUUUACGGCGGUGCCACGAACAGCCCAUCGCCGCUCACGUCCCCGAAGACAACAGACGAGAGAUCGCCCGGCAAAACUUCGUCCCCGCGGAGAGAGGGUUUCUCCACGGCCAUCCGCUGCUGGCUGUGCAAGCCGGCCCUCGCCGUCGUCCUGAUAGCCCUGGUGGCCUCCGUCACGUGGGCUCUGGUGAAGCGUCGUUAUUUCGGGUCACAAGCUCUGAUGGCGUCCGUUUGCCAGUCGCCCGCGUGCCGUUAUUACGCCGACCUCAUCACUUCGACUAUGGACGCACGCGCGAACCCUUGCGACAACUUCUACGGCCACGUCUGCGGCCGCUGGAUGCGGCCGCGGAGGAUGCCCGCCACGCCUAGCGUGGCGGACGCCAACUGGGCCCGUUUUCUGGAUGAAAGCAUGUCGCGUAUCGCCAACCGCUCUUCUUCCGGAAGCGCUGGCGACGCCAAGGACACCGUUCGCAGCGCUGCUCGAUACAUCAAGGUGUGCCUGGCACCGCUCAGACACAGUAACGUGGACGAAGUGAAGCUGGUGUUGGCAGCGGGCGGAAUGUCAUGGCCCUUCGGGCCGGGCUCGGGACAAGCCGAUUUUCUCUCUGCGCUCUUCUACAUGGCGCGGCGAGUCGGAGCUCCGGUAUUUUUCGAUGUCACGCACACCGACGCCCGAGAACGACUGUCCGUACUGUGUUCUCGAGACGCGACCUACGAAGCGACGUACGCCAAGAUUACGGAGCACGUGCGCGCGUUACAUGCACGGGACCACUACCACGUGUGCUGCGAGGCGUUCGCUGGGCCCGGGAACCGCACUCGAUGCGAAAGGCUGUUCGACGAUUUCGUCCAGAUGAAACGCGCUUUCGACGAUUAUAACGCCGGUCAGCCCUCGAAAGACGUCGUCAUCGCGAACCUGUCUCAUCUCCAUCAUUACGCACCGCGAGUUUUGGAAGCCCGGUGGAGAGCGCUGUUCGAGGUUCACUUCAACGUCACCUUGCGCGACGUCGACGGCUUAGUCAUCGAGGACCCCCGACAGUUCGCCUCGGUGUUUCGGCUUCUCGGGCGUUACGGGGAAGAGAAGAUGCUCGACCUCGUCGGAUGGCUCAGCGUCCAAGUUUUGAUCCAUUACACGAACAAAGGAUUGAUGGACAGUUUCUACCGAUUCCCCGACAUCGCGAGCAACGAGCAUCGACAGCUUUGCUUCACGACAGCCUACAUAGCCUUCGGAUACGCCGUGAACCGUCUUUUUCUGGAAGACGCCGGGGCCGCCAUAAACAGAGUGAAACUCUUCGCUCAAAACCGCAUUCGACCCGCCUUCAGGGCAAUGUUGCGGAGUGGCACUCUGCUUCGCGGGAACCCGGAGCCGGAGCCCAGCGGUGGUAAACUGCGGAUGGCCUUCGAUAUCAUCGAAGGUACUCUCUCCAGCGAGCAGGAGGGUUCUUCCGAUGCCUUUUCCGAGGUGACGGACCACCCCCUGGCAAACAAGAUGGCGCUCUCGUCGUACCUCAGGAGCGCCGGACCAAUCAGCGCCAGGAAGGACGCGCAUGGGCCGUGCUGGUCUUACAGUGCAUCCGACUCGACCUUGAUCGAAGGCUUCCUCAUAAACCCGCAGCACUUCGCACUUCCUUGGUACGCCAAGGACGCCCCGCCCGGAGUCCUUGUUGGAGGCAUAGUCCUGAGGCUCGCCUCGGUGCUGUUCAUGGACUACGUGGAGCGCUCGCGCAACUCCAACGCCACGUACGAGGCGAAUCGCAAGUGCCUCGAUCUCGAUCCACCUAGCGGCAGGGACGACAGGGACCUGCAGGCGCUCACAGCUGCUCUGAACGUCGUGGCGAGCCUGUACCAGGAAUCGCCCACGGACUCUGCCGUCGCGCCCGUGGGCAGCCCGCUGUUUUCUAGCGACGGAUUCAUGUUCGCGUUCUCGUGCUGGCUCCACUGCGGCGACGCGCAGCGCGGGAGCGUCAUGUGCAACACGCCGCUGAGGCACAACCCGCGGUUUUCUCGGGCCUUCGCCUGCCCCGAAAACUCGCACAUGAACCCGGUGUCCAAAUGCACGCUGCAAGUUUAAUGUUCGUUGUUGUAAAUAUUGCCGAUAUACUUUCUGUUAGGAUGGCUCGCGACGCGUCGUGGUAUCCUUCUGUCUUAGCUUGCACAGGUGCAUUUGCGGAUGUAUUGUCUGGGUAUAUUUUAUUGGUCGCCAUCUAUAGUUCACCUUUAAAUAUGUUACUCUUUACUAGGUUUAUACUGAUGUUUGGCUUCUCCAUUCUAAAACUACCAUCAGUUACAUGCUUGACGCUACAGAGUUUACUUGCCAGUGGUUUCAGAUUUCUGAACAAAUGAACUGAAAGCACUUUGCGCCCUGUGAAAGCACCGUUAAACGGGAAACAUAAGCAAGAAAAAAAAAUAUCUCAACCUUCUGUUGGUUGGUGUCGAGUGCCUGCAGCGAACCGGAAGGGACACGCACUGUGCGGGAAAUGAGGGUGAAAGCAAAUAGAGAGCAAAACACCUGCUGACCUUUUUUUGUUGUUGCGAGUUCCUUUUUUACUAUAUGUGCCAGACUGUAAGCAGGUAGCCACAGGCAUCAUCCUGCACGCCAUGGCACGCCGUCUAUAGGCUACAGGCGACUUUGGCUACGGGAUCGCAGCAAGUCUUCUAUUGUAAUGCUGUGCAUGGACAAGGGACGUCAUUCAGGUGUACGAAUUGUAUCGCUCUGGUGCUUGUUCUGCUCGCAGCCGCUGCUGUAGCCCAGUGACUAUAUGGAGUUGCGGUGUCGGGCAUGAGGUUCUAGGUUCGUUUCCGACGGCAGCAUUUUGAUGGCGGCGAAAGUAAAAAAAAAGAACCUUCAGUUUGCUUAGAUUUAGGUGCUUUGUAAAGAACCUCACGUGGUCAAAACGGACCGUCUCUCCCCACUGUAUGGCUUGCCUGAUAAUAAAUAUGUGGUUUUUGGGCCAGUAAAAGCCGACAAUUUAUUUUGUAUUCUGUUUGCGGAAACUUGGGAAGUUAUUCGUAUCCGUGGACGUGCCAAAUUGCGGGAGGGAAGUGGAUUAUUUGUUUCUCGUCGAUACCGUCUUCUUGGGAGCACUUGCUGAUUUUCAAGGAGGA